CUAGGUUAUUUUCACUUCACUGUGUUAUUAGCUGGAUUUAAUAUUGCGGUAAAUGGAGUUACCCAAACAAGGCCUCAUUUCGCAUUUUUACAUUUUAGAAAGAAAAAAAAAGCCAAAUUUUUUGUCAUAAAAUGUUAGGGAUUCAUAGUUUUAAAACUGCACACUCUGUAGCCAGGAAGACUCGAGGAGUGAAGGAAGGGUAGGCCCAACUCCAGCGACUCGUAGCGAGUCUGACUUUUUUUUUUAUAUUGUAAGCUUUCGGUCAAAGUCGAACACCUGCAGCCUGCUUAGGCUUAGGCCUUGGCCUUGGCUUAGUUGGUUUGUUCGAGUUUAAUAAUUUAAUGGGCCAUGAACUAACGAGGUAUCUGAUCUAAAUUAAAGUAGAAUGAACAUGAAAACAAUUAUGUGGGCCUAAUUGAAUAAAACUGUUAAUGGGAUGUUGAACAGAAAUAGUGUUUUAAAUGAAAGUGGGCACGUGUAAUCAUAGGUGUAAUGUCCCAGCCCCAUUGCCAUGGAAACACUAAACAGGUUACCCAAUAAAAUUGUCCAAUGCCGAUGUCAAUUCGUUUUUAUUGUAGCAAUGAUAAUAAUUUUCAACUUUUGGCCUAACAUUUGGCUCUUUAAUUCAAAGAGACCUGAAUUAAAAUUAAAAGGUAUAUGAAUUAUAUAUAUUAUAAUAUAUUAUAAUUUAUAAUAGUCUAAAUUUAAUUAAAAUAUCAUUUUCAUAUUAAUUAUUAUAUUUUACAUUAUUUAAAUUGAUAUAUAAUAUAUGAUAUACUUUUUUACUUAUACUAAUAGCUUAUAUUAUAGGCCCUACUUAUAGUCAUUUAGACUUAUACUUAUUUUAUAGUAUAAGUAAAUAUAUUAAUAAGAAAAUAUUUAAGUUUAAGUCAUAUUUGUCACUACAAACAAAUUUGAUUAUUGUAUGAUAUGGCAUGGGCAAUAUCCUCCCAGAAAAUUAUUUAGCAAAAUAUAAAUGUGUAAAUGUGUAAGUUCUUGCACAUCUAUUUAAAUUUUUCUUGUAGUUGUAAAUUUAUUCUUGCUUGAAGAAAUACACAGACAUGUCAUGUGUAGGCCUAGGUAAAGCUUGGACUAGUUUAAUAUAGUUAUUUAUUGUAACUUUGUAAUGCCUACUGAGAAAAAUAAUUUUCUCGUCAUGCCGAUCUAUUGAUUUAAUUGAUUCUUUUUCCGAAAAAUAAUAGUAACAUAUUCAGGAUAUAGAAAAAAAGGACAGGCAGUGGCAGUCCAAAUUUAUUGAUUAAAAUGUCUAGCAUUAACAUUGAAAUUUUCUUCUGAUCAUAAUACAUGGCCAACGUGACAAACUUCCACCUCCUCCAUUUCACCCUUUUUACAGAAAACAAAGCUACAAACAAUGUCUAUUUUAAGUAUUCCCCCAUCUGGUAAAUUGAAAUCAUAUAUAAUAUAUAUAUAUAUUAACAACAAAAUGAAAUUUGCAGAAAUAAAGUGUAUGUUGCAUUAAAGGAUGUGCAAUUUUUGUGUCUUUUAUUAAAUGUAUGACCUAGCUACUUGUAAUUUUCUUGAACUUUGUUAAAUUAUUUUGAAGCUUUGUCUGACACAUCAUGCCAAGGACGUUGUGGUGCUGCCGUAGAUUCAACCAAACCAUGUCAGUGUAACUCGGCUUGUACUAGGUUCAACGACUGCUGUUCUGACUACAACACUGUGUGUGCUUCAGGUGGGUGGGAAUAAUUUCACAAUCUAUACUUGUCAUAUUUUCUUAUCUCAGCAUAACGGCCAUCAUCCUAUGUUUUCCCAACAAGUAAAAAAAAGAAAUAUGUUGUAGAAAUUUAAAUGUUCAAAUGUUCUAAAGUAAUUAUAGUUUCCAUACAGAAUAUUAAUUUUCAGUUUUUACAUUUUAUGGGACUACCUAUUCACUGGUUGACAGAUCAAUUACGCAAAUAAUUAAAUUUAGUUAAGUGAAUUGUUGUGGCAUAAUACAAAUUCUCAGACAAGUUGUUCUACAAAUGUUAAAACUUAUGUAAUUUAAAUAUUUUUUUCUCUUCAGACAAAAUCUAAAAUUUUUAUUUUAAAUGUAAAAUAUAAUUUUUCUUUUAUAACACUCUUUAUGAAAAAAGAAAUUAAAAAAAUACAUAAACAGGUUAUCAACUUAAAUUUUAUCUAUUCUUUCCUUCUGCUUCUGUGUGGUGCCUACCACAGGAGGCACUUGCGCUACCCUAACCAGCAUUUCUGCCGAGCUCUGGACCAACGAUGUAAACAGAUUAUCUGGCUCCGACAUCACGGUCAACUACCAAACUCAGGUUCCUGAUGGCACCACAGCUGACAGGUCCACUCAGAAGUAAGUUAAGGACUAUCAUUUUAUCCCACACCCUCAUUCACUUGGUUGUAAAUGAUUUAGGAAAUAUAUUGUACAUGGCAUGGAAAAGACCCAAGAAAAAAACAAAAAUUGCCCUCUUCAAUGAACAGAACAAGACUCAUAUAAAUAAACUCAAAAUGAAAAAGGGACAUAGCUAAAGAAAGUAGGAAUAUCUCUCAGACUUAUUUGAUUAACAUUUAGAGAUAUGAGUAGCUAAUUCUGAGGAAUAAAUUUCAAGGAGGUUAGUAUUUAGUUCUAUUCAUUUUAUUGACUUAGCAGAAUUUAAUAGAUAAAUAGACCGAAAAAACAUAUCGUUUAGAUUCCCUUUGCUAGUAGUCUCGAUAUGUUAUUUAUUUAUGAUAUAAAUGCACAAAAUCUUUUUAUCCAUUGCUGGAUUUAGGACUUUACUGAAUAAGAUUAAGCUUGGGUCCACAGUGUUAGAUGGACUUUACCCUCUGAUAGAGCUGUAAAUGUGUAGUGUUUUAAUAUCAAACAAGAAAUUGAAAAUGUACUUUUUUAUUUUAGUCUCCUUAACCUUUAAUUUGUUUAAAUAGAUUUUCUUUUAAAUAAUUUUUUAAUACAUAAAUAAUCAAGGACACAGCUAUAAUUAGGCCCUUCAAUGUUCUUUGCAGGUUUUUUACAUAUGUGAAUGAAGCCAAGCUCAAUGCUGGCACCUACAAAUCGCUUAUUGCUCUACUGAACAACUAUGAGCCGGGUAAAGGUAUCAGGGAGUCAGUCACUGCUACUGAGACGCAAGAGGAAACAGCAUUUUUGGAUGCUGUCCUGGCCACCAAAGUUAUGGACAGCUUGCUGAAAUUUUUGACUUGCAAGGGUAGGUGAUCAUGGUUUUACUUUUUCCCCAAUUCUUUGAAAUAGAGUUACAGUUCUCCCAUUUCAUCCAAUGAAAGGGAAAUUAUGGGAAUUAUUUAUUUAGGUGACAGCCCAGAAGGUCUGUCCAAUAUCUUACCCAUGACGCAUGAUCCAUAAGUUACUACUGGCCAACCAAGAUUUUAAAAAAAGUUUUGAAGUAAACUAAAAGAAUGUUUGAGAUUAUCUCAGUUUUUGUGGUUUAGAAACAAGAUCAAUAUUAUCUGUAGGAAUUGGGAUAAAUUCACUUCAUGAAUGUAAAAUAAUAAUCUGAUGAAACCUCACUUAUGCCCUUUGAGAAAAGAAAUUGGUGGGACUUCAGCUCAGCAUUUUUAAAACUGAAAGUGUUCUAAGUUCCAAGCAGCACGUUCCAAGUAGCACAUAUCUUUUUCAUUUUCCUUUCUUAAGGCUUAUCUUCUUUGCUCUUUCAUUACCAGGGCUUGUCACAAGCCAAGCUGCCCUGAGGUCCGCCCUGAAGAAACAUUGGUUUGAAUUGUACGCCCGCAGCGGCACAAGCACCACUCUGGACACGUGUGGUUUUGAGCACAUCAUUGUCGGAGAGUACAAGGACUCAAACAGUGUCAAUGGCUUCCACAACUGGGUGUCGUUUUACGAGAAGGAGAAAUCCGGGAGUCUCAACUAUUUUGGUUAUGUCUCCAGAGCUAAUGUGAGUAGUGACAUUGCAAUCUGACGUUUGUGUUGGUUGCAAAAAUCUGGGUUAAUCUGGAAAAACCUUUUUACAUAAAUUACUUGCCAUUUAUUAACAUACAUUAUAGUUAUAGUGAUGAUAACAGUAUUUCCAGAUACAUUGGCUGCCUUCUGUAAGUUUAAAAAAAAAAUAAACUGCUUUUAUAAAAUAAUAUGAAAUCCCUUUGGUGUAUAUUAAUGUGCCGGCACUGUAAUUUAAAAAAAAAAGCAAUUAUGUUUAUUUCUUAGAUUUUACACAGAGUAGGGGAAAACCUGAAAAAGAACAGUAUAAAAAAGUGGACAUUACUGCUAAGAAGCCCUUGACAGCAAAAAUACUGAGACAUUUUUAUUAUUCUUAGCCGAAACUCCCACUUGUUUAGAUUUCCUUCUUCACAUUUCCCCCCAACCAGUUUUUAUUUCUUGUUACUGCAACCUGAACGCAGUCCCCCCCUGUAUUUCUCUUAAGUAUUUUUUGUUAUUGACAUGAAAUGGCUGGAGGAGUUCAACCCAGCUUAGAAUUGAAAUCUUUGCCAUUUCAGCUUAUCUUACAGUAUCAUGAAAUAGUAUAUAGCCUGUGAAGGCUUUUUUUGUACAUUUUGAUUAUUUUGGUUGCAUCGAAAUCACAACAUGCAGGUUAUGGUAUUAUCAUUAUCUUUUUAAUUCUUAGAAAACAGCACAACAAUUCCGUUAUAAUUCAUUAUCUGUACUAUCCUUUUGGGUGUUUCUAAAAUGCUAUUAUUAUUGGAAACUAAGAGUGUAUUGUAUUUAUGAAGAAAUUUGUCACUUCAUUGUCUGGUUUAGCAGUUGUACUGUUGAAACUUACCUAAAAAAAUUUAUUUUUACCCACUUUGCUCACUUUUGACCAACAGCCCAGCAUUAUUGGAGCAGCUUUUUCUUGGAACAGCCAUGUGAAAACCCUUGGCAGUUUCUUCAUCGGGGUCAGUCCAGAAUUUGAGCUGGCCGUCUACUCCCUCUGCUUCUUCACCAAUCCCGGCAAGGCUUGCAAUAUAUCACUCAAUGGCAGCCCGGUGACCAUCAUGUCCUACAGCAAAGAUGGACACCUUGCCACAGCCUAUGUAAGCGCUUAGUGCAGUUUGCGUGGUGUUGUGACUAAUAAAGAUAUUUGUGUUUCCCUGUGAGGCUUUUAGGAACCAAUGACAUAAAAUUAUUUUUUCUUGGCAUGUUUUUAAUUGUUAAUUCUUUGUAAAAACAAUAAAAAUUUAAUUCUCUUUAUUUAAUAAUAAUAUACUAAAGCACUAAAUGAGAAGUGAUAAUGUCAGAAAUGGGGGGGGGGGGGAAUCUUGGAUUUUAAAAGAAAUGAGGUCUUAAAACUCUUUGACUCCAGGAAGGUCUUUCCUUGGUUUUGCCAAGCACUUUCAGAUACAAGACAUAAAACAAGACCACUGUAAAAAUUUAAUCUAAAUCCUAAGUUUAAUAUAAGAGAUUGACCUAAGAGUUGCACAUUUAAUGAUCAAUGGAAAGGAAAUUGAAUGCACUUUCCUAAUAAUUUCUAUCAACUGACUUUAUUUAUGAAAGUUGAUUUCAAAUAUUUGUCAACCAAUUGAUAAAACUGUUUUUUUUGUGUUUUUUUUCAAUGAAAAAUACAUUUUCAAAUUUGUUCAAGUUUGAGAAAAAAAAUCUUGCACACGUAAAGGGGUUGAGUGAAUAUUCUCAUCGUCCUGAGCCUAAUGUAAAAAUGAUAGACUGUUUACAUCAUUCGAUAGAGCAUUGAAUGUAGUUUUUAUAAUUGUUCUUAAAGCAUUAGAAAAAAAAAAAAAGAAAAAUUAUUAGUGAAUAAUUAUUUUUGAAAGAAGUAAAAAUUUGGUAAUAAAAGUUAUAAAAAAACAUUUUAAACAAAAAGAACCAAACCCACCAGUUUGUAAUUGACCACUUUUCAGGAAUUACUCCUAGAAUUGUCACACUCAUAAUAAAUCUGAUGAACAUUAAAAUAUCCAAAUGUUUUCAAAACUGGUUGAAACUUAAAUAAAUUGACCACUUUUUAAUAAAACACACCUCAUGAUGAAAAAUAAGCAAAAUGCUACAAAAAAAAAAAAAAAAAUGUGUGAUAAAGAUUUGGAGUAACAUUGUGUGUAGUGUGAUGUAGGUUUGGAUUAACAAUCUAUCUUUGAGUUUGUGUAGUGUGAUUUUAAUUUGGAUUAACAUUGAGAGUAGUGUGAUGUAGGUUUGGAUUAACAUUUCGACUUGGUCGAAUCGACAAUUAUCUGCUGUUCUGUCCACAUCUUGCCACUGUUUAGUUUGUGUAGUGGAGUCUUGUCAUCCACAUACUCUGAUAAAGUUUCAGUUGUUUGAAAGUGGCUGACAUCAGUUCUAUUCCUAAUAGUAUUAGUGUCAGUUACAGUUCAAGUUCAGAAGUUUUGCAAAAUUGUAGGGUUAAUCCUCUCAUUCUAGCAGUAAAUGUGUUAGUCUGUUCUUAAAGUCACUGAUAACACAUUUGUUGUUACACUGCACUUCCAACGUUUGUGACUCCAAAUUUGAACUCGUGGUUCUCGAUAUUUUUCUUACCAUUCGAUUCCUGAGACGUAAAACUAACAUUUGGUUUUAUUUUUUUGUAUUGAAGUAUUUUAGUUGUUUCUAGAGCUUUACCUGCAGUAAAUCUCUUAUCAGGGCAUAUUCAUGAGCCGCUCGGCUCAAUCAUAGAUAGAAAUCAGCUAAUAGGUCCUUAAAACAUCAAUAAAAUUCAAAGAAAUUGUGUUGCAAACAUGAAAUAGCUUACUGACUCAUAAAGCAAAAUGUCUCAUCUGUGAAUCCAUAACUUUACACCGCUUUGGCUUUUUACAAAUUAUGAUCCAAUUUUGAGCCAUUACGGCCGGCUGAAGAGACAGAAACCAAAAAUUGGCAAGGCGGUCAGUCACCUCACAGGAGUCAAAGAGUUAACGAUUUUUUGUGUGUUUGAUAUUCAACCAAAAUUUGAGGAAAUUAAAUAUAAAUGUUAAAGUUAUUGAAUCUCAUAUAAUUUGAUUUUUAAAAAAUUCAAUAAAAUAUAUUAAAAUAUUACUGUUCAAAUCAUCAAAUCAUUUCAAUGAGAAUAGGGCAUGCAUGAUGAUUCAUCGAUUUUUGAAAUGCAACAAGAUUGCUCAAAGUUUAACAAAUUUUUUUUUGGCAUGGCUCACUACUCAUGAAAUUACUCAUAAAAACUUAAAAACAAAGCAGCUCCAUAUACAAAUACUGUAUCAACACUGUCAACAAUAUGCUGCACGUUUUUAUGAAAAAUGAAAUUACAUACAUCCAGAAAUGUUUUUACUUUAUAUAUUUGGAUAUUAAAAUACCGUUACCCAGGAAUAUGAAUCUCUUUUGUAAAUCUGAGGAUGGCAUUCAAGAUUCUAAAAAUUAUAAGAAUUCAUUAACAAAUGUGAACAACAAAAGUCGUUUUUUUAUGUUUUAAUAAGAAUUAAGAUUUUUUAAAAAGGUUUCGGCAUUGUGAGACAAGGAAUGGAGAUAUCAAUGAUAUAAGAUAAGAUUCAUUGAUUAAAAAAAAAAGUGGAUUCAAAUAAUGCAUUAGUUAUCUGUUAAUGUUGCCUGUAUUUUCAUGUCAGAUUUUCUACUGCUAUAAAGAAACCUUCAGAAAGAAGGCAUUAAAUGUAAACACAGACAUUUUGCUACAGCAUGACACUAUAUCUCAUAACAUUAUGUCCAGUAACACAGUCAUUUGGCUACAGCAUGACACUAUAUCUCAUGACAUCAUGUCCAAUAACAUAGUCAUUUAGCUACAGCAUGGCACAAUAUCUCAUGACAUUAUGUCCAGUAAAAUGGUGCAUAAUAUUAGGUCUGAGAUGACAAUCCCAAAAUGCUAAGUUUACAAGAAUUCAAAGUCUUCGUUAAUGCCGUAGUAGGAGCUGUGGGGCUGGUCCAUGUUGUACGACAGUGACUUCUCAAGCCUGGCUCUUGUCUCGUUGUCACAGUUCAGUGAGGCCAGUGCAGAAAUCUGGUGCAAGGUAGAAAAAAAAUGACUUCUCAGUGUUCCAUUGUGCACAGUUUGAUAAGGGCUAAUGUGAUGUUUUAUUUUGAGCAUGACGACAUAUUGGAAUAUAACAAAUGCACCAUAACAUAUAUUUUCCGAAGAAAAAUAACGGCCUAUAUAUAUGAAACUUACUAAACAGUUCUUCUCAUUUAUCCAGUGACAAAUAACUUUAAGGACUUAAUUACGCACUCUUGAAUUUUGCUGCAUGAUCAUAAUAAUUUUUAAGCCAAGAAUGGUGAAACUAUGAAAGUUUUUACAUAGACUACUUUCAUUGUUUUAAUUAUUUUUUGAAAUGUGUAUAUUACUAUUUAUGUAUGUAUUAGGAGGUAGGUGCAUCGCAUUUGUAAAUUUUGGACUCGCAUAUUGAAUUAAAGUCGUACUAUUUAUGCUGAAUCACCAAAGCAACUGCACUAUAGACUAUAUCAAGACACCAUCAGACCGUUGUGGCCUGGUCUAGUGAAACUAUAACAUUGUUCUAUUGGACUGAUUCGACUCACCCUUUGUGUCCUGUGUGUUGUGGCCUGGUCUAGUGAAACCAUGUCAUUGUUCUAUAGAGUAGAUUCGACUCACCCUUAUGUCCUAUGUGUUGUGGCCUGGUCUAGUAAAACCAUGUUAUUGUUCUAUAGAGCAGAUUCGACUCACCCUUAUGUCCUGUGUGUUGUGGCCUGGUCUUGAGAAGUGAUAAGCCACGGCAUCGCUGUUGUUAUUGGAGCGUAUGUUGGCCAGGUGAACCCUAAGUGUAUCCUCCAGUUUCAACGUCGAGUGGCCAAUGAAAACCUGAAAGAAACAAGACCACGCUGAGACAAUCCCGGCCCUGGCGUUAGAGAGGCGGGCCGGUAUUGUCGCCAAGCUGCUAGGAAAGGAAUGGCACAACAAUGCAUGGCACAGUCUUGAAAUGGGAUCCAACCAAAGCCGAACCAUAGAAACUGUCGGGUGAAUUCAAUCAUUAGAGAAGAAAAUACAAGUUAAAAAAAAAUGAAUGUCCAAUAAAACGCGAGAGAUCGUGAGCUCGGUCUUGGUGUAAUACAAAUACAAGAGCACUAUGACUGUUUGACUUAAUACACCGGCAGUAUGACUGUUUGACUUAAUACACCGGCAGUAUGACUGUUUGACUUAAUACACCGGCAGUAUGACUUUUUGACUUAAUACUGUGGCUCUGUGGUUGUGUGGGUAACAGUAGCACCAUGUGUGUGAAGUGUGGCAUCAGAGGAUAGAAUAUGAAAAAAAAAAUGAAAGUACGAUGGUAUUGGUUUUGGAUGGUAACAUCUCUGGAUAAAAGAGCGUGUACAAGUAAUGUGAAAGAAUAUAGAUGGAUUUGUCAAAAGGAUGGUUUCAACAACCAUCAGAUAGAGGGAUAUGACAAAAGGAUGGUUUUAUCAACCAUCAGUGACAGGCUUACCUAGAUGGAUACGACGAAAGGAUGGUUUUAUCAACCAUCAGUGACAGGCUUACCUAGAUGGAUACGACGAAAGGAUGGUUUUAUCAACCAUCAGUGACAGGCUUACCUAGAUGGAUAAGACGAAAGGAUGGUUUUAUCAACCGUUCAGUGACAGGCUUACCUGGAUGGCUAUGACGAAAGGAUGGUCCCAACAACCAUCAGUGACAGGCUUACCUUGUCGUCCCUCAUACAUAUGAUCGCGUAGACGACGUGGUUGUCCUGACAUGUCAGUGUCUCGUUAAUGUUGAACACCCCGGCUGGUCCCCAGAAGGUUGGCGACUCGGCCACAUAGUUGCACAUCUGACACCCAGGUCUGCUGCAUGCAUUCAUGCCACGUUGGUCUGGCAGAUUGUUUUCGUUUUUUUUUUUUUGACGGGGGGAAGGGGGGGUCAAGAAAAAUGUAGUCAACUUUUCUCCAUUACAUUGCAGAUUUAUAUUAUCCAACAGAAACAAAACAGUUUAUAUAUACGAAACGUUUUUAAGAAUGCCACGUUGGGCUGGCAGAUUGUUUUCGUUUUUUUUUUUUUUGACGGGGUGAAGGGGGGAUCAAGAAAAAUGUAGUCAACUUUUCUCCAUUACAUUGCAGAUUUAUAUUAUCCAACAGAAACAAAACAGUUUAUAUAUACGACACGUUUUUAAGACAGUGGUAAGACAGAGGUCAGAUAGUUAUUCACAAUACUUGACAAUCAUUCGUACUCACAGCCCUCGUCUGCCACGUAGGUAGGGUUGUUUUUGCUGUACGGGGGAGGGGCGGCCGCGGCGACAACUGGAGCUUUUCUCGGGGAAGGGGCCGCCUGGGUAACCACGGGGUCUCGUAGUCUCUUCUCUGGCAAAAGUAACGAGGAUAAAAUAAAUCUGUCAAUAUAUAUAUAUUACGAGAGAUCGGGAAUAUAAGUUCUAUUUUAGGAGAAAAUAAAACAAUUUAAACUGCGGUCGUUUCAAAUAGCAUUUUAUUGCUCUUACAUUUUUCUAGCAGGCGUUGUGCGAUAAACCUGUUGGAAAUGUGCUCUAAGCCUGUCAGAUUUGCUUGCCAGAACAUAUUUUGAAAAUAGAAGUAAAUUUGGUGUCGCAUAGUGUCAUAGAGGACUACUGUUAUGUCCAAUCUAACUUUUCUGGCAUAGAUAAGGUGUGUAUAAAGGACACCGGAAUUUAAAUAUUAUGUUGAUUUGUUUAUUUCGUGGUCAGCAGAUGGAGGUCCUUACAGUAAACGUGUGAUAAGUUAGUUGUAGGAUUUCUUAUUGUAAAAAAAUAAUUAUGUGUAAUCGGGAAUUUAAAAAUAAAAUAAAAUUUGAUUUAAUUUCUUGAAAGAAACAUUGGUUAAUGCUCUUAAUAUCUUUUGUUAAAUUAUUAUAUUCAAUUUAUGAUCAUCCAUGUAUCAGUAAUGGAGACACAAUAAUCUCGUCAAAAUGCGGUGUAUAUUCAUCUUAUAUUAUAAUGAAAAUUAGUUGGCAGUCUCGACAAAGGCAACCUAUUGCCAACUACUUUGCCACUUAUUUAUGUCAGUCAAUGGAAAAAAGACAAACGACUGUCAAAAUGGAUAGAUUGAUAAAUGUUUGAGAGAAUGGUAAGACUUUCUCUGAGCUCAAAAAUUAGAAUAGCUCCAGUAUUGAAAUUUAAAUGUUGCAGAUACAUCAAGAUAUACGAUUUUUUAGAGACAAAAUUUGUGUUUUUUUUUUUUUUUAACUUGAUAUGUUCGUGCCAGGAUUUCUUUGAAAGGAAUUAAAAUCAUCUUUCUCCUUGAUCAUAGAUUUAGAAGUUUUUUAGAUGGUAGCCACUAGUGGGAAAUUAAUUUAAUAAUUACGUAAAUGUGUUGUUUUUUUUAUUAAAAAUGUUUUCGGAAUAAAAAAAAUUUUUAAAAUGUCAUAUUUUAAAAGUAAUGUAUCGUCAAUGGUUGUUAGUCGGAGUUGCUCAAAAGUAACUGAAUUGCUCAGUGAAUAUAAGGAAAACAGAAACGUUUAAAUUUGUUUGAUUAAAUUAUAAGAAAAUAAAUAAAUUAAAAAAUUAAAUUUAAAAAAAACAAAUGAAAUAAAAACCUCUCUUACAAUGACUUAAAAACUGUUCAUGAACACUGUAUUCAGUUUUUUAUUUUAGUUUCCAUUUUGCACAUUUCCAUUAGGAUAUUGACUGUUUUAAAAAUAUAUAAAUGCUUGUAAAAAAAAAAAAAUACUUACUAGCUUUACUUUUUAAAUUAUUAGUUGUACAUGUUGUGUAUUAAGCUGUAUUUUUUUUUGUAUCAUAAAAGUAUACUAGAGUAAAAAAUUACAUUGGGGGUAGAAUUAUUUAAAAUUGUCGCGUUUUAAUAAUUUUGUAAAAAAAAAAAUACUUACUAGCUUACUUUUUAAAUUAUUAGUUGUACAUGUUGUGUGUAUUAAGCUGUAUUUUUUAGAAUUAUUUAAAAUUGUCGCGUUUUAAUAAUUUUGUAUAAAAAAAAAAAAAAAGCUCCAAACAUUGAUUAGAAAGAACAACGAGGAGAAAUGAAAGAAACAGCAACGAAUUUUUUGUUUUGUUCAUAACUAUAUAUUAUUUAAUUUAAAAAAAAAAAUAAAUAAAUAUCAGAUGAUUACAGCAUGAAUAAUUUCUUAGUAAAACCGGUGAGAAGUAGGCUAUAUUAUUAUAUCAUAAAUACUCUUCUGUAAUAUUGAUAUGCCACCUUGAUUCCUCUCAAGGCUAUACACGAUAUCAGUAUAUUUUAUGGAAGAUAGUAAAUACUGUUGAUAAAGACGGAAAAAAAAAAAACCAACAUAUUGUACCCGCAUAAUUCCAGAAUAAUAUUGUCACAAAUAUAAAAUUCAAUAAUUGAGCAAAAUUAUAUAGUAAACCAAUAAACAAAUUGUAGCUUGAAAUUUACAAUUCAAGCUUGGGCCUAUGAUUGGAGUAAAAACGUUGGAACAAAGUAUAAAAAGUGAAUCUUUGUCGAAACAACCAUAUUCUGACCACUUGUGAGUAGCACACAUUACAUACGUUAAGUGUAAUAGGUUCAGUUUGCUAAGUCUAGACUAAGCCUGUUAAAGACUUAAUCUCAUUGGCAUGAUGUUUAUGACCCAACUCCCAGUCCCCACCCCCCCCCCACUUUAAAUUAUUUUUAAAAAAUCAAAAUAUCAUACCCCUAAUAUAUAUAUAUAUAUAUUAAAAUGUUGUUAGACCAUCAACAAAUUUCUGUUGCUUAUAUUUUUACCACUAGCUCAUCAUGCAAUUUAAAUAAAAAUACCGAAAAUAAUGUUUAUAGAAACAGAAAUAAAUCCUAGUUAAAAUAUGUUACAAAAUUAAUUAAAUUUCAAUAAAAAAUAUAAAUAAUUAAAGCUGUGAGUUUGAUCAGUGUUUUUAUAUUAGUCGUUAUUACUAAAUACUAAUUCAAAAUGUCUGUCUCCUCUUUCAUUCUUUCUUCUUCUUUUUUUUUUUCUCUUUCUCUUUUUUUCUGUCUUAAAUUCUUAACCCAACGAAACUAGAUCUAUACUUAAAAUAAUCAAUGAGAUGAGAUCCCUGCAUUAAUUUAAUGACGGUGAAAGUUCUCGGAGUUAUUAUUAGACCACUACUUGUAAGGGGGAGGCCCUGUACCUCUCUCGUAAUCAUUUCUGGGUCUUUGUGGUGGUGGUGGGCCCCUCGUCGUCCUGCUCGGGAUUGGCUUGGGAACCGCUUCCCUGUGGACGUUUGUAGAAACAUUAUAUCAAUGAUUUAAAUAUGGGAUAACUUCUUUGCUGACCGUGCAUAAACAACAUGGCAACAAUCACAAUCUGUACUUGGACAUCUUCUGUGUGGACGUUGAAUACACACAUUCUCUCAAUUGUAAAUCUCGACAGUGGGAAAACUUACAUACUCGGUUCUUAUCCAUCCACGUAUUUACUGUUCUAAAAUUCGCUCCUCACGAUAAAAGAGGAAUCUAAUUUUAAAACCCCCCUUUUUUUUCUCGGUGUAUUACAAAAGUAUCAAUCUCUCCUAGACUCCUAAUCCCUUUUGUUGCUAGCUACUUGACCGAUUGGCUUGUUCUGGGACUUCCAGCCAUAAAAAUUCAUACGUUAUUCCACAUAAAUACCAUUUAGCAGCUUGAUUAUUUCAAAGCGCAAAAUAUAAAAAAAUACAACUAUUUGCAUCCUUCUAGCCCCUUAGUAUAGACCACCAGGCCCCCAAACAGCAGUUAAUUAAAUAAAACUUUUUUUUUUUUUUAAAUCCUCACUGUUCUCAUCUAAACUUUCCUAAAAGGUUUUGGUCGUCAGAGUUUUUGAACAAACGUUUAAAGAAGUUGGGUGUGAUCUUUUUGUUUUUCUCUCUUGCAUCAAUCUCAAUUUUUUAAAGCUCUAACUGAAGUCCAUUCUGUUACGUUUCCCCAGUUAAGAGCCCGGAGUGGACGAAGAAUGCCCACAACCCAAGCAAGUACUUCACACGGAGCGCAAAUCAACAUCACGACUCUACGACCUGAGAUGAAUGCAAUAAGUGUAUAAAAAUAAUUUUUUUUUCUGGAUAGAAAUGAGCCAUAAAAACUAAAUCCCCC